AUACCCCUCCACUGCGCACACAUUGCGCUUGCGAUCGUCGCGAAACCGAACCAAUCCUCUUAAACCUCUUCCUCAACGGCCCACACCGGCAACCGACGACAACAUGGCGUCCGCGUCUCCCGCUCCUUCGGCCGCUCCUCCUGCCGUCGAGACUUCGCGUCAAUACGUUCCCUUGACCUGCCACGGGCACUCUCGACCUGUCCCUCACAUCUGCUUCUCCGGCCUCGAGAAGGGAGAGCAAUACUAUAUGAUCUCGGCCUGCAAGGAUGGAAACCCUAUGCUACGCGACGGCAUCACCGGCGACUGGAUCGGAACCUUCAUCGGUCACAAGGGUGCUGUCUGGCAGGCCAGAUUGAGUCCCGAUGCCUCCAACGCUGCCACAGCCUCUGCCGACUUCACCGCCAAAGUCUGGGACACCCAUAGCGGAGAGGUCCUCUAUACCCUCCAGCACAACCACAUCGUCCGCGCCGUUGCCUACCCGCCCGAUAACUCUGAACUUAUUGCUACUGGAGGUAUGGAGAAGAAGCUGCGCGUCUUCGACCUUAGCGACUUCGCCCCCGAUCCGAACUCUCCCGCCGGAACUCCCAUCACCAUCCCUGCCUCGGCCGGAUUUGAGAUUGGCGAAGGCACUCACACCGGAUCCAUCAAGUUCAUCGCCUGGACUAAGGACCCUAACACGAUCGUCACUGCCUCCGAUAACACCCUGAGAUGGUUCGAUCUCCCCACCCGUAACCUCAUCCGCCAGGAGGUCCUCGACGGCGAGAUCAAGUCUUGCGAGCUCGUCUCCCUGGCGCCCGAGUUCACCUCGCCGGGCGACAUUGGCGGUGGCCUUCCCGUUCUCGCCGUGGCUGCGGGCAAGUGGGUGUACUUUUGGGGUGGUCCCCAGGCCUCGGAUGAGCUCAAGCGCAUCGAGCUAAAGCAUGGCGUUGCCAGUGUUGGCCUGGAUCUCAAGGGUCGCAAGAUCGUCAUGGGAGAAGAGCCCGGCACUUGGGCGCGCGUCUGCCGCUGGGACGACGGUGGUGACAUUGAAACCCACAAGGGACACCACGGCCCCAUUUGGUCCAUCGCAUUCUCCCCCGACGGCAAGCUCUACGCGACCGGCUCCGAAGAUGGCACAAUCAAAAUGUGGAAGAACUGCGACGGCUUCUACGGCCUCUGGCGUGGCGGCGCCCCCAAUGCGGAACGCAACGCGGAAUAGAGAAGCGCGUCGUCCAGCAUGGCGUCACGCUGCGAAGGAAGCGACGCUUACACACCCACGAGCAGCCGAGUCUCGUCAGGCUCGCACUACGACGGGACCUCGCACAUCAGCAACAACUCCAUCACCGAAACCCCGGCAAUCGCUCAUCAAUUGAUGGAUCGCUUCUUUGCCACGGCAACGGGCAAGCUUGGUGCGGGGAAUGAUGCGCCCGUCCAAAGCGACCACCGUCAGCGCA